UGGUUGGCCGGGACGGAGAGCCCUGGGAGGGGUCGAGCCGGCAGGGGAGGAGCCGAGAGGGAGUGGGCGGUGCUGGGUCGCGCCGGGCCUGGGGCCGAGGCGGCGCGGCGCUGACAGCUGAGUCGGCUCGCGGCCUCCCGCCCCCUCGGUGCCCGGCCCCGACCCAGGCCUGGCCUGCCCGGGAGCCAUGAGCCCCGGGCUGCUGCUGCUGCUCGGCAGCGCCGUCCUGGUUGCCUUCGGCCUCUUCUGCACCUUCGUGCACCGCGCUCGCAGCCGCUACGAGCACAUCCCCGGGCCGCCGAGGCCCAGUUUCCUUCUAGGACACCUUCCCUACUUUUGGAAAAAGGAUGAGGUUUGUGGCCGCAUGCUCCAAGAUGUGUUUUUGGAUUGGGCUAAGAAGUACGGACCCGUCGUGCGGGUCAAUGUCUUCCACAAAACCUCAGUCAUCGUCACGAGCCCCGAGUCGGUCAAGAAGUUCCUGAUGUCAACCAAGUACAACAAGGACUCCAAGAUGUACCACGCAAUCCAGACCGUGUUUGGCGAGAGACUGUUUGGCCAAGGUUUGGUGUCAGAAUGUGACUAUGAGCGCUGGCACAAGCAACGCAGGGUCAUGGACUUAGCCUUCAGCCGCAGCUCCCUGGUCAGCUUGAUGGAAACGUUCAACGAGAAGGCGGAGCAGCUGGUGGAGAUUCUGGAGGCCAAGGCAGAUGGGCAGACCCCUGUGUCCAUGCAGGACAUGCUGACCUGCACCACCAUGGACAUCCUGGCCAAGGCAGCUUUUGGGAUGGAGACAGGCAUGCUGUUGGGUGCCCAGAAGCCUCUGUCCCGGAAGGUGAAACUGAUCCUGGAGGGCAUCACUGCAUCUCGAAACACUCUGGCGAAGUUCAUGCCAGGAAAGUGGAAGAAACUCCGAGAGAUCCGGGAAAGCGUUCGCUUCCUGCGCCAGGUUGGCAAGGACUGGGUCCAGCGCCGCCGGGAGGCCCUGAAGCGGGGGGAGGACGUCCCCGCCGACAUCCUCACACAGAUCCUCAAAGCUGAAGAGGGGGCCCAGGAUGAUGAGAUCCUGCUGGACAACUUCGUCACCUUCUUCAUUGCUGGCCACGAGACCUCUGCCAAUCAUCUGGCAUUCACGGUGAUGGAGCUGUCUCGCCAGCCUGAGAUCUUGGCAAGGCUGCAGGCCGAGGUGGACGAAGUCAUCGGUUCUAAGAGGCACCUUGACUGUGACGACCUGGGGAGGCUGCAGUAUCUGUCCCAGGUUCUCAAAGAGUCGCUGAGGCUGUACCCGCCAGCAUGGGGCACCUUUCGCCUGCUGGAGGAGGAGACCUUGAUCGACGGGGUCCGAGUCCCCGGCAACACCCCGCUCCUGUUCAGCACCUACGUCAUGGGGCGUAUGGACACAUACUUUGAGGACCCACUGACUUUCAACCCCGAUCGCUUCAGCCCCAAAGCACCGAAGCCGAGGUUCACCUACUUCCCCUUCUCUCUGGGCCCCCGCUCCUGCAUCGGACAGCAGUUUGCUCAGAUGGAGGUGAAGGUGGUCAUGGCCAAGCUGCUGCAGAGGCUCGAGUUCCGGCUGGUGCCUGGACAGCGAUACGGGCUGCAGGAGCAGGCCACGCUCAAGCCGCUCGACCCUGUGCUGUGCACUCUGCGGCCCCGGGGCUGGCAGCCCGCACCCCCGCCACCCUGCUGAGCGGGCCUGGGGUGGAUGGGACUCCUCUGGCAAGGGCCGCACCCACACUCCUCUGCAACCCCGCUGCCAUCCACCCUGUUCUCCUGUCCCCUUCCUCAGGGGCACCCUCCAUGCUGGCUCCCAGCGGGCCCCCCUGCCAAUCACCACCUGCUUUCCUCCUCCCCCCUCCCCCCUCCCCCUUAAGCUCCCGGUCCAGUGCUAACUCCACGCCCUUCCUGGACCGCCCCCCCCCCCCCCCGCCCCUGAACCUAACUUCCAGCUGCGCCCCAGAUGUGCUAUCUCUUACCCCCACCUCCCUGCACAGGCCACUCCCCCUGCCACACACCCUAACUCUUGCUCACUUCCUAAAACCCUCUUCAGGUGUCACCUCUUCCAGGAAGCCCUCCCUGCCACCCCCGGUGGGGCCAGGGGCCCCUCCUCUGUGCUCCCUUGGUCACCUGUGCUACCUCUAACACCACACUGACCACACUGUAUUGUGAGUGUCCUUUGAUGUGACCAGCUGCCCUGCCAGGCUGUGAGUGCCUCGUGGGCCAGGUCUGUGUAUGAUUCGUCUCCGAGCCGCCCUGGCCUGGCACAGAGCCGAUGCUCAAAUAAAUAUGUGUUGACUGCA